AGCCCUGAAAAACAGCGUCCUCCUCGCCCGCAGGGGAAACUACCACUACCAGCCGCGAAGCUGCAAAGCUAACCGCUCGGGAAGUCGCCGAGACGAGGUGUUCCGAUUUUGACUUGCUACCGGAAUCCUCGCUGAAAGCAAAACCCCCAUCUCCCGCGGCUUCUCGUCGGCCGCCGCCGCGGUCGCUCGCCGUCGCCGAUGAGAUCCAUCCACGCCUCUCUUAGAUCCAAAUUGCUGUAGAGCCGGCCUCAUCGCCGUAGCGCCACCCGCGUCCAUGGGGGACUGCGUCGUCGUCGAGAAUGGCCACCCCGUCCCGAAGGAGGAGGACGCGCCGGUGGUAGCCGUGGAGCGCCUCCCGGAGGGCGCCGGGAAGCCGCGGGAGGAGGGGAGUAGAGGGCAGAGGAAACAGGGCGGGAUCCGCAGGGAGCCGUCGUUCUCGCGGUGGUGCAAGGACUGCUCCGCCAUGUCCAAUGCCCCCCCUGGGGGCGCCUCCCCUGCCUCGGCGGCCAGCGACGACGAUUCCGAGGAGUUCGAGCUUCCGCUUCUGCCCUCCGAUAGUGGCGGCGGCGGCGGCAGCCACUUGCCGAUGGAUAUUGAGGCGGGGGCAGCGGCGAGAUCUGAUGACCUCCCGAUUUCGCCGUGGUUGAUCGCGAAGGUUAUUGCGCUAAUUGCGAGUUGGUACACGCUGAGCACCUGCUUGACGCUGUAUAACAAGGAGAUGCUGGGGAAGCACAUGUGGAAGUUCCCAGCGCCAUUCCUGAUGAACACGGUGCAUUUCACGAUGCAGGCUGUGGCAUCGAGGGUGAUCGUAUGGUUCCAGCACCGGGGCCUGGAGGGAGCGGCUAGUGCAAUGACAUGGAGAGAUUACUUUCUGCGAGUUGUCCCAACAGCUUUGGCUACUGCUCUUGACAUAAAUUUGAGCAACAUUUCACUUGUUUUCAUCACUGUAACAUUUGCUACAAUGUGUAAAUCUGCAGCUCCAAUUUUCAUUCUUCUGUUUGCCUUUUUGUUUAGGCUAGAGAAGCCCAGCUUUAACCUUCUUGGAAUCAUACUGAUUGUUUCCUUUGGAGUUCUACUAACAGUUGCUAAAGAGACAGAAUUCAAUCUUUGGGGAUUUGUAUUUAUUAUGCUUGCUGCUGUUAUGUCUGGUUUCCGCUGGUGCAUGACACAGAUUCUCCUCCAGAAAGAGGAAUAUGGAUUAAGAAAUCCCUUUACGUUGAUGAGUUAUGUUACCCCGGUUAUGGCAAUAACAACUGCAAUUCUUUCUAUUGCGAUGGAUCCAUGGCACGACGUCAGGGCAAGCCACUUUUUUGAUAAUUCAACUCACAUAAUAAGGAGCAGCUUAUUGAUGCUUCUUGGUGGUGCUUUGGCCUUUUUCAUGGUUUUGACAGAAUAUGUUCUGGUUUCUGUAACAAGUGCUGUAACAGUGACCGUAGCUGGGAUUGUGAAGGAAGCGGUCACUAUUUUGGUUGCUGUGCUUUUCUUCAAUGAUACAUUUACCUGGUUAAAGGGGCUUGGGCUGGGAAUAAUAAUAUUUGGUGUCAGUCUAUUCAACUUAUACAAGUAUCAUAGGUUCAAGAAAGGCCAUCGUAAUAAGAAUUGUGACAAGAACCCCCAAACUUCUAGCGGUGCUUCAAAAUAUGUUAUCCUUGAUGAUGACGAUAUGGAAAACCAGGGUAAUUCAGGCUGAUGUCAUCAGAGAGUGGACUAUUUGAUGGAUUUUCAUAUUCUGGAAAUUUAGUUACCUAUGCCUCCUCACAGGUGACUACCAUCUAUACAUCUUGCCUUGGUAUCAAGUGCCAUCGUUUUUUAUCUUUUCUGUGCUUCCACGACUUAGGGAAGUUGUGUUGUUAUUCAUGAGGAUGAGCAUGAACAUGAACAUGACGCAAACAAUAUUAUUGAUUAAGAAGACACAUUUACACAAGCAGCAGACAAUCUAGUCGCCAAAGAAAGAUUUUCAUGUCAACAAAAAAGGUGCAGAUAUCUGUCAAGAACUGUGCAUAAAUAGUAUUGUUAUAUUUGAUAAUACUUUUCCUCCACUUAGGAAUUUGCUAAUGCUUUCUUUAAUUGGAAGAGUAGAGAGCUCAGUUUUGGCCAGUAUUGGCACGUGCGCGGAAGAAUAGCAUGAGACACCUUUUUCUUCGAUAGGAAAAUACAUUGUUUAUAUGUAGCAAUAUUGUAAUUUAUGAUUUUCUUUACUUUUAGCUAAAUUUACUGCAUAGAAAUGUGUAAAUAUUACAUGAUAAUAGAAUUCUUUUCCCUUAUUUUGAGAUUA